AUGGGCCAUGGGGGGCGGCGACCUGGAGGGUGUCACCGCGAUGUCCGCUUGCGCUUCGGACACAGAGGCUCUGGGAGCAAAGUUGGCGCGAGUGCUCGCGGGGAACGCUGCGCUCGAAGAAGCAGCUAUCACCUCCACGGGCAUUGCCCCCUCCGCGCUCGCCUCUGGCGCGCGCGGUGAGGCGCUGCGCGGGGGCAAGUUCUUCGACGUCACCGCGGUGGAGGCGGGCGCGACCACGAGCGUCGUGAGGUGGGGCAGUGAUCAGUUCGAGGCGGCGCGCUCCAAUCGCGACAUUCGAGUGGCGGGCGUGGACGGCCAUGACGACGCCAAGGCCCCGUUCCCUCAAUCGUUCGUCGUGGGCGAGCGGGCCGAGGCGACGUACGGGGGCCGUUUCUUCGACGUGACCGUGGUGGGCGCGUUCGAGAACGCGGUGCGCGCCCAGUGGGGCUACGGCCAGUCGCAGUCCGAAAGCUCCGCCGACGACGUCCGCGCGAAGUGCUCGAAGUCUGUCGCUUCGCAUGCGGCGGGGGGCGCUGAGUGCUGGCGUGCAGGGGCGGGCGAGGGCGGCGUCGCGGUGCGCGGCGAGGACGUAGAGUCUGGGACUCCCGAGGAUCGGGGCAGCGAGCGCACGGCGCGGGUCAGCAACCGGGAGAAGUUGCUCCACGAGGAGCGCGAGAUCGUUGCGCGGGGUGAGGCCGCGUCGCAGGUCACCGCCGUGGAUCGGCAGUUUAUCGGCUACGGUGAUCGCGUGUCAGAUCAGAAGCAGAACGCGCGCGGCCAGUUGCAAGUGGUUCCAGGCUUCGGGAUUCGGUGGAGUUGGAUGGAGCGUUCCGCUGCCGCCGUGGCGGUGGCGUCGUUCGCUUCCGCGGUGGCGAGCGCUGACUCGGCGCGGGUCAACAUCGGCGGCGCAGUGCGCGACAUGCGCAG